CUGACCCACAUCAGCAAGAAUGAAUUUAUGCUUUGCCAGGCUAGAUUAAAACAUGGACAGAAAUUCGAUUUGUCUCCUUUUCUUUCAUUGCUCACUUUUCUUUUCUCCUCCUCUCCCUCCAGAACGAGUAUAUGAAAGAUGACUUCCUGAUAAAGAUUGAGACGUGGCACAAACCUGACAUGGGAACUCUAGAAAACGUGCACGACUUGGAUGGUCCUACGUGGAAGACAGUGGAGGUGAUUCCCAUCGACAUCGCAGACAAAGAUGUGGUGGCCCAUGGGGAUUAUAAAGCAGAGGAAGAUCCUGCUCUGUUCAAAUCUACAAAGACAGGCAGAGGACCGCUCUCACCUGAAUGGAAGAACGAUCUGAUGAACAAGACCGACUGUCCUAAGAUGUGUGCCUACAAACUGGUCACUGUCAAGUUCAAGUGGUGGGGCCUGCAGACCAAAGUAGAGAACUUUAUCCAGAAGCAAGAGAAGCGUAUUUUCACUAACUUCCAUCGCCAGUUGUUUUGUUGGAUUGACAACUGGGUGGAGCUGACCAUGGCAGACAUCCGACGAAUGGAGGAAGAGACCAAGAAAGAGCUGGAAGAGAUGCGUGAGAAGGGCACCGUUAGAGGAACCUCGGCAACGGAAGAGUAACCACGCCCCUAUAGGUCAAAGGUCAGAGACAGGCUGACUGCGUAGUUCAGGUCAGGUUCGAGGCAUGAGUGCUGCUCACGAGCAGUGAGGUCGACCAACCAAACCCUUCCAUGAUGAUGUCACCAAGCUCACAAAGAAGAGGAAGUCAGCUGCUCUAUUCCCUGUCUCCCAUGAUUCAUAUAGGGGUUUGUCCUGAUUGGUCAAUAGUAGUGUACCGACUCCCAAUCACACGCCUCCUAUUCACAUUUUAAAAAACGAUUUGCACAGAAAGUAAAUUUAAAUUGCCUGUAACUAUAAUUGUUAGUUAAUUAUGAGACAGGCUUCAUUUGUAUCCAAGACGCUCAAAGCCAAUCCUUUUAAUCAGACUAGAAUGUUAUUUUACAGUCCUCAGUAUAUGUUAUAGUUUCCCCCUAAAUUGGAAUCGGAUCACUGAUUGGACCAAUUUGUUUUUGUUUUAUGUAUUUUGUUCCCCGUUGGAUACUGUAUCUGUCAUUGCUCUAGUUGGCUUCAUCCUUGUUUCGGUCUCCUCCCUCGAGACUAAGAUCUGUAUAAACCCUUAUCCGAGGUGUAGGGGUCUGCAGACUUGAAAUAAGUCCAAAAUGGCACCCUAUUCCAUAUAGUGCACUACUUCUGGCCAGAGGGCCAGGUCUGAAUAGGGUGCCAUUUGGGACGUCGAUUUAGCACCUCAACCCCUGUCUGACAGGUGGCUGGAGGAUGUUUUUUUUUUAUUUGACCAUGUCCAGGCCUGUUGCUAUCUCAUGGUUGAGUGGUUUGACAUGCAUGUAUACGAUUCCUGCCCUCUGACCGAUUUUGUUGCCAUUUGUUGUUGCAUUGCUGUCCUUUGAUCCAAUGUGUUUUCCUUUUUAAUGUGUUAAGGUUUUAAACAUUUCAUCCAUUGUUUGCCCCAAGUGAGUGUUCGCUGAGUUCAUACAUUUCAGAGCUGCUAGAUCAGCUGUCACUUGUACCUGUAGUUCAGGUGUCAUUCUACUGGAAUGAUGGAGAACAGAUGGAAUUAAACCCUCCUGCCCCUUUUGCUUUCUGCUUACCUGUAGUCACGUCGCUAAUGACUUCGGGGCUAGAAUUUGGUGGCGUUGAAAUACUUACAAGUAUUUGAUAGAUACCCAGGUCUGCUGCACCGUUAGGAGGGACAGAAAUACAUUGCCCUUGUGACUGAUGUCUCUAGCUGUCCUGUGGGAAUACCAGUUUAUUUCUACCACUGUAGUGUUGACUGUCCUCUUAUUUCAUAUUCACGGUUAUAAAACAUGGUCAGGUCCCCUCCAGAGGAGUGUUUCCCAAACUCUGUCCUGGGGCUCCCUGGUGGGGGGCAGGACCGUGUUUGGGGAAAACCCUGUUCUAGGUGACCUCUAUCUCCAGUACUGUAAUUAUAUAUAGUAGGGAGCUGGCUCAAAUGGCACCCUGUUCCCUAUAUGUAGUGCACAUAUAGUAGAUAGGGUGUUGAGGUUUAGAAUAGGUUGUAUUACUCUUGGAAAGUUUGUCAGAUCAGUGGGCAGUCCAGACACUGCUCUGACAGGUUAGGAUUGGAGAAAGUAAUGUUCCUAGAGCUGUGACUUAGGUCAAAAUGUUCCGCUUUCAGCCAUACUGUAGUUAUUACCCCUGUGAAUGUAGUGUGUCUAUGGGAUAAUGCAUGUCUUAGUAUGCAAAGAAAAUAUUUUUGUGUGGAUAAUCACACAUUCUCCAUCAGCGCAACCAUGUAGCUACCUGCUGCAGCAUUAACAGAUAAGGAUAUUUGAUGAAGUAUCUACUGAAAAUGGAUAGUUUAUUCCCGUUAUCUUGUUUUACAUUUUGAUCUCCAGGAUCAUGAAGCCUUGGAGUGAGAGAGACACUGUUAAAAGGAUAAGUUGUAUUCUUUUGUCUGUGUUUCUCCUGUUUUUUGUUGUUGAUUUUACCCGUUCCUGUUGGGUCGCACAGCUGCAUCCGACAAUGGCUGCACCUACACAGGCAGCCCAGUUGAUCUAUUUUUCCCUCCACAUCCCAUCAGCUCAUCUGGCUGGUCAAAAGAUGAGAAUUUGGCUGCCUGUGUAGAUGCAGCUAAUGUGACCCAUAACUGUCGCAGGUGAUGAUUUGGAUUAGUGUUUAUAGAAGUACCAGUGAUGUGAGCCAGGGUUAGAAAGGCCUAAUGGAGUAUCACUUAACUCAGUCCUGGGGGUCCCCAGAGGUGCCCCUUUUUCAUUAUCCCUAAAACUGAAUUAACUCGUUUUCACCAAGCCACUGGUUACUUUAAUCAGGUGUAUUAGUGAUGAGCUGGAGAAAAACUGUGUGUACCCCCCCAGGAAUGGAUUGAGAAACACUGGCCAUCAGUCCAUUGUAUCUGUAUGGUCAUCAUGCCUAAGCACUUGCAAAAUAAAUUUCAACAAUGCAUAUAAAUGUAUAUUUUCUGAUCAUGUAGUGAAUGUAAAAUGUUAAUAUUUUUGUUUUUCACAGCUUCUGAGCUGUGGCAAGGUCUAGACAAUAACAGAAUAUCUAUUAAAAUUUAACACAAAACUCCA